AUGCCCAAUUCCCGUACACCAAGCAAACUGUUACUUGAGUCAUUAUGGUUCCACAUAGAACCAUUACCCUUCCCAAAGAACCCUUGAGGAACCCUCUUUUCUUAGUGUAUAUCUGCAACGCUCACUAUGUUGCACAUUCCUGAAUACCCUGUUUCCAGCUGUCUGCGAACCAUUCCUGGGGAACCUUUUUAUUCCCCUAGUGACAAUAAAUCAGCAGUCUGUUAAUGACUUAAGCCCCUAAAGUGCUCCGAUGUUUAUCUCCAUUUCCUUGUCCCAUUAGCCUACACAGAACUGGGCUACUACAUCAUCAAUAAGCUCCAUCAUGUGGACGAUUCUGUCGGAAACAAGACCAGGCGGGCUUUCCUCUACUUGGCAGUGUUCCCUCUACUCGAUGCCAUGGUGAGUCACGGCCUGCUGCCCGCUGGAUUCUAGUCCCCUUUUAGCUUGGGAAAUGCUUGACAGAGAGGUGGUGUUCUGACAUUCUGACCUACUACACAGAAUGCUCUGGGGUUUCCCAGAAGUACAGAUCUAGAAACACCUUUCCUUCUCCCAAUCCUAAUCUUAAUCAUUAGUGGGUGAAAUGCAAAACUGACCCAAGAUCAGCGCCCAGGGGCAACUUCACCAUACUCCUUUAGUCUCUGGCUUGGGAAAUGCUUGACAAAGAGGAUGGUGUUUUGUUUGACAUUCUGAUCUAUCGCUCAGAACGUGCUACCUAGACAAAAUAUGCAUGCUUUAUCUUAACCACUCAUGCUUUUAAUGAGCAUAUCUGUGUUACAUUGUAUAGUGUGUGUAGCGUUUCUGGUGUAGUGUAUCUAACAGCAUUGUUGGUGUAGGACUACGUGUACUGUUAUUUGCUAUUUUCUCUCUAUUUAUCCCAGUAGUAUUAGUUAUUUACCAACUGUGCAGUGAGUGUUUGGUCAUUGGUUUGUGAGUAUUUAGCUGUUUUUGUGCUACACUGUAAUUAUUUUUUAUUGUAUAUGUCAUGGUAAAUUACUGUUUAAUCAAAAGUAACAUACUGUAUAAACUGAAUACAGUAGAUUACAUCAAUUACAUUGCAUUGUGGGAAAAAAUGUAACGGGCGGAAAAUAUUUGAUGUAUUUUGGACAUUACCGUAGAAAAUGCUACUUGAAACACAGUAACAGUUUACUUACUGUAUUUGUGAAUAUUCAAAAUAGAAUGCCACACUUAAAGAACACGGGCAACAAAAUCAAAGCACAUCCUCUGAAGUAAGAGAGAAAAUGUUUUAGCAAAUUGGUUAAUUUGUUCCUGUUUUGUUAUUUACAUGUAUUGCUUUGUUUGUGGCUGUGCUGUUUUAUAUUAUAUGAAAAAUAUACAGUCAGAAAGGCACAUCAUACAAAUAAAUCAUUUUCCAUGGUUAAAGGCCCAGUGCAGUCAAAAUGUGAUUUUCCUGUUUUAUAUACACUGAGUGUACAAAACAUUAGGAACACAUUUUAGUGUAAGAGCUGUUUGAAAAGACCGCCUGAAAUUUCUGCCUGUUUUUUUGGGAUGGAUUUUUGCCCUGCCUGGUGACAUCACCACUCCCAGACAGUCCUAAUUCCUUGAGAAAUUGCUAAUUUUAAUUGAAAACAAUCACAGUAAGGUACUUAAUUCUUACCCAGAAAUUAUUUGAUACCAGUAUGAAAAUGUAUGCACUCACUAACUGUAAGUCGCUCUGGAUAAGAGCGUCUGCUAAAUGACUAAAAUGUAAAAUGUAAAUAUUGAGAUAAAAACAGCUGCAUUGGACCAUUAAAAGUCAACCAAGCACACACAACAUAGGCGCUACAUGUUACAUCCCCUUGUGGAAACCCUCACUUAGCCUGAAUUCAAACAACGCCCACUACGUCUUCUGUGUUUUUAGCUGACUAGAAAUUGAGUAAUUGUUGUUGCAAGCAAGCGCCGUAUGAUUAGCCAGUUUGAAAAUAAUCUAGUUAGCUUGCGUUGUUAGUGGACCACUUAAUGAAUAUCGGCUCCUACAGCUAUUCGUUGACUACUUGUUGAUAAUACGAUGCUUGUCAUUGUUGUUACAUGAUAUAAUAAUGCAUCAAAUUUGAGAUAAUUCAAUGUUUCACUGUUUUAAUUGUAUCUGUCCCUAUUGAAAUAGAUAACAAUGAGUAAAAUAUUUGAUCCAUGGACUGUUUGUCCCCUGUUUCAGGCCUGGACACAUGCCGGUAUUCUACUUAAGCACAAACACAGCCUGUUAGUGGGCUGUGCCUCCAUCUCUGAUGUCAUAGCUCAGGUAAGAAUCAGUUAUCAAUGGGUCUAUUGAUGAAUUGCAUUUCAUUUACAUAUGGCGAUAGUGAUUCAGGAGGGUGCAAAGCAGAGGAUAGGGAGAGGUAUGGACAUUAGUUAAUUUUGUACCGCAUUAUGCAGUCUAUUAGCAUUUGUUUUUACUAUUUGCAUUUGCUUGACUCUAUGUGCCUCAAGUAAACAAAUCCUUAUUUUAUCAUUGCAACUUAAAAUUAAGACUUGCAACACAUCCAAAAAAGACUUAUAUUAGCACAUCCUUCCGAGAUGGCUUUGAGAAGUUGUACAGUGAUCAAAAGUGAAUGUGUCAUUCUGAUUCUCUGGUUAGGACAUGUCAACAGAUCUAUCUUUCUCCUUGUCUUCCUCUUGCACCAACAUUUUCUCUGCCUCUUCUUUCUGCACUUCCUGCCAUUCUCCCUCUCUCUUCCUAUCCCUUCAUGUCUCUCUCUCUCUCUCUCUCUCUCUCUCUCUCUCUCUCUCUCCCUCUCUCUCGCCCUCUCUCUCGCCCUCUCUCCCUCUCUCUCUCUCACCCUCUCCCUCUCCCCCCCCCCCAGAUUGUCUUUGUGGCCAUCUUGCUUCACAGUCAUUUGGAGUGUCUGGAGCCUAUGUUGAUCCCUAUCUUGUCCCUCUACAUGGGGGCCCUGGUGCGCUUCACUAUUGUAGGACUGGGCUACUACCGCAACAUCCACUACAACAUCCCAGAGUCCAGCGGACCUGAAGUGGGGGUAGGUUAUCUCAGGUCAAAUGGGGUCAGGAUAUUCACUUUGUAUUUCUACAGUGGUCUGUUUGGAUGGUAGAGAUGCUUUGUGUAGAACAUAUAUGAUUGUCCAUUAUGUAGAAUGGUGAAUUGUGUCAGCUCUAUGUAUUACAUUUCUAUCUGCAACAUUCUGAACGUUUCACCUCACUGAACACACCCCAGGUGUCAAAGUUAACCGUGUGGAGCUUCUAUAUAAAUUAACUACCUGAGGAUGCAUGAUCUGUUAAAAAUCUUUACAGUAAGUCAUAUUGCAUGUCAACGCUCUAUGGGUGUGAUUGAAGACAGUGACACAUUAUAAACAGGCGGGUCAUUCAGUUAAUUGACUGUUGGGUCAUCAGUGAUAUAAUUAGUAGAAUAUCCAAUUAAUUUCAAUAUUACUUUUAUAAUCCCCAAGGUAAAUUAAAAUGGAAGGAUUGAAUUGAAUAGAAUUGUAAAAAAGGCUGUCCUGCUCCUCUCCUCUCUACCUAACUUCCCCUCACAGUCCCCUCAGUUUUCCUUAAGUCCCAUUAGUUUGGCUGCUCAGCCUACCUUAGUUAUCCCUCACCCAUCAUAGCCCUGCCAUUCCCAACCAAUUAGAGCGCUUGGAAAUGCGCAUCUGGACAUUGCACCCACCCACUCAGGUCAGUGUGUUAUCGCCGUCCAAAGGGAGAAGACGCAUGUUUCUGAGGACUCUUUAUUGUUGACAGUAACACGAAUGACUGAAUGUUGUGCGUGCAUCGAAAUAACCACAACAAUAAGAUUCCAAGUCAUUCGGAUUACCAAAAUCAUAUAAACAUCUUCAAAGGAAACAGCUGUGUGUGUGUGGUGGUGACUAUCAAGAGGACAGUGAUGGGCCUCAACAUCAUGUUCUAACCGGACAGCACUAUAGAAGACAGAACCAAACCAAUCAGUUAUUCGUAUAUAGUGGGUGAGGGCAUUCACAGCCAACUACUCAGACGGGUGAGGGCAUACCAGCCAAACUUUUUUUACGUGGUCCUUCUAGCCGGAUUUAGUGACCAACAGUUUUUAACAUGGUCCGUCAUUUCUCCGGAUUUAUCGAACAAUAGUUUUUACAAGAAUAGAUUUUGUUGUCCACCCUGAGAUCAAAUCCAAUUGUAUUUGUCACAUGCUUUGUAAACAACAGGUGUAGACUAACAGUGACAUGCCUACUUAUGGGCCCUUCCCAACAAUGCUGAGAGAAAAAAAGAGAAAUUAUAGAAAAAUAGCAAAAUUAUAACACAAGGAAUAAAUACACAAUGAGUAAUGAUAACUUGGCUAUAUACACAGGGUACCAGUAACUUGGCUAUAUACACUGGGUACCAGAGAUAUAACUUUAGUUACAAUAGAAUAUUACUUAAUUGUCCACCAUAUGAUGGAACUGUAGUUACAAUAAAAUAUAACUUUAUUGUCCUCCAUGAGAUGGACAUUUAGUUAUAAUAUAAUUAUUUCAUUGCACAGUUGCAUUUGGGAAUACUCAUCACUCCUUCCCAUGUCUCCCUCCGUCUUUCCCCAUCUCCCGCAGGGAGACGCUACCAUCAAGAAGAUGCUGAGUUUCUGGUGGCCCCUGGCCCUGAUCCUGGCCAUGCAGAGAAUCAGCAGGCCUAUCGUCAACCUCUUUGUCUCCCGGGACCUCAAGGGAAGCUCGGCUGCCACCGAGGCAAGUAUCCUACCGACCUCAUAUGAGGAUUUGAAGCACACAACACAUAAAAGCCGAGUCCCAAUUCUCCAACCUUUCCAGAAGUGUUCUCUUGCAACGGACAGCCGAGGUAAUCAGGAAAGUGAUAUAGUCCAGGUGAAUCUCAUAAUACCACACAGGUGCGUGUAAUGAUGGUGGCAACUGUGCGUAAUGAACAGUCAACUGGCGACCUUGAGCGCCGAAGAGGGGGAGCGGGAGUAGACGUGACAGGGGGGUGUCAAUGUAAAUAGUCCGGGUGGCUAUUGGAUUAAUUGUUUAGCAGUUGUAUGGCUUGGAGAUAGAAACUGUUAAGGAGCCUUUUGGACCUAGACUUGGCGCUCUGGUACCACUUGCCAUGCGGUAGCAGAGAGAACAGUCUAUGACUUGGGUGACUGGAGUGUUUGACAAUUUUUUGGGCCUUCCUCUGACACCGCCUAAUAUAUAGGUCCUGGAUGGCAGGAAGCUUGGCCCCAGUGAUGUACCAGAUUACCAGAUCUCACAGUGCCUGGAGAGUGUGUUUAACAUCCCAGAAACCACAUUAGUAUGAUAUAGCAAUCUUAUAAGAUGCACUUCAACUGGACUUCAAGAAAGACAAACAGGAACUCUUACUUCUGACGUGGUGGAGUGGUCUAUUGCUCUAAGUGUUUGGUUUCUGUGCUUUGGCCAGGCGGUGGCAGUACUGACCGCAACCUAUCCUGUGGGUCACAUGCCGUACGGCUGGCUGACAGAACUACGUGCAGUCUACCCCGCCUUCGACAAGGUAAGACGUGGUUGUUUACAGUACCUAGUAAGUAAGGCCGCUGAGAGUGGCCAGGUACCUCAACUUGGCUGUUGAUUUAACUGUUAAAUCAGUAAUGACUGUUCAAGAUUAUAUUAACAAUGUGGGUAGCACAGAAAUGCCUUGGGAUUUACUUGCAUUGUAAAAUUGUAAAACUACAAGGCCAGCUUUGUUGAAUUCUUUCAAUAAAGUAAAAGUGCAUUGAUACCACAUAUUUUCAAGUAAAUACCAGGUAAAUAGCAGUGGAAACAAUAUCGUAAAAUAAAGUGCUGCCUUAAUGUUUUUAUGUAGCAGAUCCUCCUCUAGGAUGCAGUUUACAAUGAUUUGGGCACAGUAUGGGCUUAUUGCAGUGGUGCAGAUACUUAGACCAGAAUUCAAUCAAAGGUGCGUUGUCAACAAGCACAUUGCAUUUUACUUUUAAAGGUAAUUUACGCUUCAGCCGACAUCCGCAGUGUUUACCAUGAAUGUGAUCUCCGCAAACAUUGGGAAAAUUGGCUUUAAAAGCCGCAUUGUUGGUAGUGCACUGAAUAGCUUUGCAACGCACUUUUGAAUGAAUCCCUGCUUCAGUUCAGUGAAUUUAUUGUUAGUUUGUGCAAAGUUCAGCAGACUUCGAUGCCUAGCUGUCCCCUUAACUCAACUGUCACUGUUCUUCAUUGCUCUGUUUAUACCAAUAUGACAUUACUGAACCUGCAGAAAAGUACACACAGAAAUAUGAUACACAUAAUUCCACUGCACCAUGUAUUUUGGGGGAGUCUGAAUUCUUAGCGGACAACUAGAAUUACUGCGGCUCUCACUGACAUUUCAUAAUAUUUAUAGGUAAACAAAGGCGUGCUGAGGAAAGACAAACCUGCUCCAGGAUGUUUGAGGGCUGCGGUUAGGAAAGUCACUGUGUGGUUUACUUGUGCUGAGUCCUACAAUGUCACAGUGAUGAAAGAUUAACUGUGCCAAGGUGGUUUCAAAUAGUAAGGUAGUUGCCUCUCCAGCCAUGAUUGAGCACAAUAUCAGUCCAUGUUUUAACAAUACAUUUUUAGGGGAGAGUACAUUUUGUUGAGACAUUGUUCUCAUAACAAUGUCAUAGUUGGUUUUGAUAUGGUAUUACCUGUGUUAACUGUAGUUGUAAAGCCUGUUGUUUACUGAACUAAACCAAAAUCACACAAUGAUUCUAGAUGUCAUUUGUAAAGCAAUUAUAUGGUUUAUGUGAAGAUUUAAGUUGGGAUUCAAUCAAACGCUCAUUGUCGACAAGCGCAUUCGACUUGACUUGUAAAGGUAAUUUAAACAUGAGCCGAUAUCCACAACGUACCAUGACUCCGAUCUUCGUGAAUGUUGAGAAAUUGUCAACAAUGCACCUUUGAUUGAAUCCCAGCCUUAGCCAACAGAGCGCACUCACACCUGUCCUUUUUGUUUGUUCUUCUUUGCCCCCAGAACAACCCCAGUAACAAACUAACCAACAUCAAUACCACAAUCUCCAAAUCCCACAUCAAGAAGUUCACAUUUGUCUGCUUUGCACUUUCUAUUACGGUACGUUCAACCUCGCAAUCAUCUUUUGUGGAUUGGAGAGAAUUUGUCUGUGUUUGUAUUGCUUUUAGGUCUUUAAAAAGCUUAAUAACAUUGUUAUAACAUGAGUGUCCUGAUGCGGGCCAGAAUUCAAUGAUUGAAGAUAGUAGGUUUCUUGCAUUGUGCUUUCAGCUUUCAGAAAUGUGUUUGAUGGAGUAGGGUUCUUGCAUUGUGCUUUCAACUUUCAGAAAUGUGUUUGAUGGAGUAGGGUUCUUGCAUUGUGCUUUCAGCUUUCAGAAAUGUAUUUGAUGGAGUUGCCCUUAGACACUGAUCUUGGGUCAGUUUUGCAUUUCCCCAACUACAACAGAUCCUAGAUCUGUACUAAGGGGAAACUUCACCCCAGAGUGAGUUUGAUUGCAUAGCAGCAUAUCCUGGAUGGAGGAGUUGUCGUUGUUGUAAGAUAGAAAUUAGCAGUGUCUUUUUCAGAUGAUUUCUGUAUUAAACAAUAAUACGCAUCAAAAUAUAAUAUAGACAUCAAACUACACAUCCAUAUACACAUGAAUAUACACGUUAAUAUACACAACCACACACAAAAAGCAAAACACAAUCUUUCAUGAGGUUAUAAGCAAGAUGAGUUGAAAUGUAAAAUGAGUUCACAGCCAGAUAUGCUGUCAGUACUGAACGGGUCAUACCAUGAGAUUGACGCCUUCAUGAAGCCUUUCUAAGUCAGGAAUACUGUAGAUGCCUCACAAUCCUUUAUAAAGGCUACAUAAAGCCUCAAUAAAACAUACUUAGUUUUCCGAACGAAAGCUCAUUGUGUGACCAAAACCUUGUUUAGCCACCAAACAUCAGCAGUCAAAUCUGCAUCGUUCACUCAACCAUCAGGGGCUGGAGAAAUGUGCUGGCAUUUUGCCUCUUCAAAUCAAUUUUUCCAUCACCAAAAACAGUGUUUUCCAUCAGCAAGGUUAACCACUGAGUUAGCCACUUUUUUUCUUAUUUAUGUCGACAGUUUUCUGUGAAGCUGAGUUGGUAAUACAGUUUUAUCAACUGUUUACAAGGUGACACAACAGACCUUAGGAGAUACUUUUUUUCUUGGUUAUUAUUCAAUGUACCUUCAUGCGGUCCUGAAUUCAGGGAAGCGUUUAUGAGCAGAAUAUAUUCAAACAUGCCUUUUUACUUGAAAUAGUAUCCUAAAUAGUAAUAGUAUCUUCGCUGUCCUACUAUGAUUGUUUAUCAAAAGUGCUUGAGCAAUGGAAGCAAUAUAGUUCCCAUUCCAUCUGCAAGUGAUUAGGGUUAGGGUUAGUGUGUGUGGACGUUGAUUCUGAGUUGAGAUUAAUAAGCCCUUUACAAAUUAACAAUAACAAAAAAAUUAUUAAAGAGCAGUAGUAAAAUAACAGUAGCGAGGCUAAAUACAGGGGGUACCGGUACAGAGUCAAUGUGCGGGGGCACAGGUUAGUCGAGGUAAUUGAGGUAAUAUGUACAUGUAGGUAGAGUUAAAGUGACUAUGCAUAGAUAAUAAACAGAGAGGAGUAGCAGCUUAAAAGAGGGGGGGGGGGGGGGGUCUUAUGGCUUGGGGGUAGAAGCUGUUAAGAAGCCUUUUGGACCUAGACUUAGCAUUCCGGUACCGCUUGCUGUGCGGUAGCAGAGAGAACAGUCUUUGACUAGGGUGGAUGAAGUCUUUGACAAUUUUUAGGGCCUUGCUCUGACAAAGCCUGGUAUAGAGGUCCUGGAUGGCAGGAAGCUUGGCCCCAGUCAUGUACUGGGCCGUACGCCCUACACUCUGUAGUGCCUUGCGGUCGGAGGCCGAGCAGUUGCCAUACCAGGCAGUGAUGCAACCAGGCAGGAUGCUCUCGAUGGUGCAGCUGUAAAACAUUUUGAGGAUCUGAGGACGCAUGCCAAAUCUGUUCAGUCUCCUGACGGGAAAUAGGCUUUGUCGUGCCCUCUUCACAACCGUCUUGGUGUGUUUGGACCAUGAUAGUUUGUUGGUGACGUGGACACCAAGGAACUUGAAGCGCUCAACCUGCUCCACUACAGCCCUGUCGAUGAGAAUGGGGGCGUGCUCAGUCUUCUUUUUCCUGUAGUCCACAAUCAUCUCCUUUGUCUUGAUCACGUUGGGGGAGAGGUUGUUAUCCUGGCACCACAUGGCCAGGUCUCUGACCUCCUCCCUAUAGGCUGUCUCAUUGUUGUCGGUGAUCAGGCCUACUACUGUUGUGUCGUCUGCAAACUUAAUGAUGGUGUUGGAGUCGUGCCUGGCAAUGCAGUCAUGGGUGAACAGGGAGUAGAGGAGGGGACUGAGCACGCACCCCUGAGGAGUCUCCAUGUUGAGGAUCAGCGUGGCAGAUGUGUUGUUACCUACCCUUACCACCUGGGGGCGGCCCGUCAGGAAGUCCAGAAUCCAGUUGCAGAGGGAGGUGUUUAGUCCCAGGGUCCUUAGCUUAGUGAUGAGCUUUGAGGGCACUAUGGUGUUGAACGCUGAGCUGUAGUCAAUGAAUAGUAUUCUCACGUAGGUGUUCCUUUUGUCCAGGUGGGAAAGGGCAGUGUGGAGUGCAAUAGAGAUUGCAUAAUCUGUGGAUCUGUUGGGGUGGUAUGAAAAUUGGAGUGGGUCUAGGGUUUCUGGGAUAAUGUUGUUUAUGUGAUCAGCCUUUCAAAGCACUUCAUGGCUACAUACGUGAGUGCUACGGGUCGGUAGUCAUUUAGGCAGGUUACCUUAGUGUUCUUGGGCACAGGGACUAUGGUGGUCUGCUUGAAACAUGUAGGUAUUACAGACUCAGUCAGGGACAGGUUGAAAAUGUCAGUGAAGACACUUGCCAGUUGGUCAGCGGAUGCUCGGAGUACACGUCCUGGUAAUCCGUCUGGCCCUGCGGCCUUGUGAAUGUAGACCUGUUUAAAGGUCUUACUCACAUCGGAUACGGAGAGCGUGAUCACACAGUCGUCCGGAACAGCCGAUGCUCUCAUACAUGCUUCAGUGUUGCUUGCCUCGAAGCGAGCAUAGAAGUAAUUUCGCUCGUCUGGUAGGCUCUUGUCACUGGGCAGCAUGUGGCUUUGCUUCCCAUUGUAGUCUGUAAUAGUUUGCAAGCCCUGCCACAUCCGACGAGCAUUGGACCUGGUGUAGUACAAUUAAAUCUUAGUCCUGUAUUGACGCUUUGCCUGUUUGAUGGUUCGUCAGAGGCCAUAGUGGGAUUUCUUAUAAGCGUCCGGGUUAGAGUCCCAAUCCUUGAAAGCAGCAGCUCUACCCUUUAGCUCAGUGCGGAUGUUUCCUGUAAUCCAUGGCUUCUGGUUGGGGUAUGUACGUACGGUCACUGUGGGGACGACGUCGUCGAUGCACUUAUUGAUGAAGCCAGUGACUGAUGUUGUGUAGUCCUCAAUGCUAUCGGAAGAAUCCCGUAACAUAUUCCAGUCUGUGCUAGCAAAACAGUCCUGUAGCUCAGCAUCUGUGUCAUCUGACCACUUCCUUAUUAACCGAGUCAAUGGGGCCUCCUGCUUUAGUUUUUGCUUAUAAGCAGCAAUCAGGAGGAUAUAAUUAUGGUUAGAUUUGCCAAAUGGAGGGCGAGGGAGAGCUUUGUGCACAGACUAAAGGUGGUCUAGAGUUUUUUUUCCUCUGGUUGCACAUUUAACAUGCUGGUAGAAAUUAGGUAGAACGAAUGUAAGUUUCCCUGCAUAAAAAAGUCCCUGGCCACUAGGAGCGCUGCCUCUGGAUGAGCGUUUUCCUGUUUGCUUAUGGCCUUAUACAGCUAAUUGGAUGCAGUCUUAUUGCCAGCAUUGGUUUGUAGUGGUAAAUAGAGAGCUACGAAAAAUAUAGAUGAAAACUCUCUUGGUAAAUAGUGUGGGAUACAGCUUAUCAUGAGAUACUCUACCUCAGGCGAGCAAAUCCUUGAGCUGUUGUUUACAAAUAUACACAGACCGCCACCCCUUGUCUUACUGGAGGCAGCUGUUCUAUCUUGCCGAUGCAGGAUAUCCGUGAUCGUAGUUAGUCUAUUUUGUUAUCCUAUGAUUGUACGUUGGCUAAUAGGACUGAUGGUAGAGGCAGAUUACCCACUCGCCGUCUGAUCCCUACAAGGCACCCCGACAUACGUCCCGAUAUCUCCGUCUCUUUCUCAUGCGAAUGACGGGGAUUUGGGCCUUGUCGGAUGUCUGAAGAAAAUCCUUUGCGUCCGACUCGUUAAAGAAGAAGUCUUCGUCCAGUACAAGGUCAGUAAUCUCUGUCCUGAUAUCCAGAAGCUCUUUUCGGUCGUAAGAGACGGUGGCAGAAACCUUAUGUACAAAAAAGUUACAAAUAACACGAAAAAACACACACAAUAUCUGUCAGGGGUGCUGAAGGUGGGUGUGGUGAAUGAAUCAAGCGCAGGAGGCAGAGGUACAGUCCAAAAGACUUUAGUGCAAUAUCCACAAGAGAAAAGCACAUAAUAGCCCGAAGGCGAAAAUCACGGCGCACACAGGCGUCAAAUAAACGGCGCACAAACAUGUGCAAACAAACCUCUCCAAAACACUGGAGGGAGGAACAAAGCUCCAACACGAAAACAGAAUGGGCAAUCACACACAAACACAGACACACACAACGAGAACUAAAUAGAACACUAACGAGGACUAACUAGACACAGGUGUACAACAUCAAGACAAAACCAAACAAACAUGAAACAUAGAUCGGUGGCAGCUAGUACUCCGGGGACGACGACCGCCGAAGCCUGCCCGAACCAGGAGGAGGAGCAGCCUCGGCCGAAACCGUGACAGUACCCCCCCCCCUUGAGCCGUGCGCCGACCCCGGCCUCGAGGACGACCAGGAGGACGCGGAGCAGGGCGCGCGGGAUGGUCCCGGUGGAACUCCGACAGGAGAGAUGGGUCUAGGAUGUCCCUCCGCGGCACCCAGCACCGCUCCUCCGGGCCGUACCCCUCCCACUCCACGAGAUACUGGAGACCCCCCAUCCGGCGUCUGGAGUCCAAGAUGGACCGAACGGUGUACGCCGGAGCCCCCUCGAUGUCCAAUGGGGGUGGAGGAGUCUCUCCUAUCUCAUUGUCCUGGAGUGGACCAGCUACCACCGGCCUGAGAAGAGACACAUGGAACGAGGGGUUAAUAUUCUUAUAUUCAACAGGUAGAUGUAACUUAUAACACACCUCGUUCAAUCUUCUCAGGACAUUAAAGGGCCCGACAAACCGCCGACCCAGCUUCCGGCAGGGCAGGCGGAGGGGUAGGUUUCUGGUAGAGAGCCAGACUCGAUCUCCGGGUGCGUACACCGGCCCCUCACUGCGGUGGAGAUCGGCGCUCGCCUUGUGACGAAGGACGGCCCGCUGCAGGUGGACGUGGGCAGCGUUCCACGUCUCUUCCGAGCGCCUCAUCCAAUCAUCCACCGCAGGGGCCUCGAUCUGGCUCUGCUGCCACGGUGCCAGAACCGGCUGGUAACCUAAUACACAUUGGAAAGGGGUUAGGUUGGUAGAGGAGUGGCGGAGAGAGUUCUGGGCCAUCUCGGCCCAGGGAAUGUAACGCGCCCACUCCUCAGGCCGGUCCUGGCAAUACAACCUCAGAAACCUACCCACAUCCUGGUUGACACGUUCUACCUGCCCGUUACUCUCCGGGUGGUACCCCGAGGUAAGGCUAACCGAGACCCCCAAACGCUCCAUAAACUCUCUCCACACCCGGGAGGUAAACUGGGGGCCUCGAUCAGACACUAUAUCCUCGGGGACCCCGUAAUGCCGGAAGACGUGGGUAAAUAGGGCCUCAGCGGUCUGUAGGGCAGUAGGAAGACCCGACAUAGGGAGAAGACGACAGGCCUUAGAGAACCGGUCCACAACGACCAGGAUGGUGGUAUUCCCCUGAGAGAGGGGAAGGUCUGUCACAAAAUCCACCGAGAGGUGGGACCAUGGUCGUUGUGGAACGGGCAGGGGUUGUAACUUACCCCUGGGCAGGUGUCUGGGCGCCUUACAUUGGGCGCACACCGAGCAGAAGGAGACAUAAACCCUCACAUCCCUGGCUAACGUGGGCCACCAGUAUUUAGUGCUACGACAAUGCACUGUCCGGCCAAUACCCGGAUGUCCAGAGGAGGGUGACGUGUGAGCCCAGUAAAUGAGUCGAUCCCGAAUCUCGAGCGGAACGUACUUCCGACCCUCAGGACACUGUGGAGGGCUGGGGUCGGUACGCAACGCUCGCUCGAUUUCGGCAUCGACCUCCCACACCACCGGUGCCACAAGACAAGACUCCGGUAGUAUGGGAGUAGGCUCAACGGACCUCUCCUCCGUGUCAUACCGCCGGGACAGCGCAUCUGCCUUACCAUUCUGGGACCCAGGGAUGUACGUGAUUUUAAAUACGAACCUGGCGAGAAACAUACUCCAUCGAGCCUGGCGAGGGUUCAGUCUCCUCGCUGCCCGGAUGUACUCCAGGUUCCGAUGGUCAGUCAAAAUGAGGAAAGGGUGUUGAGCCCCCUCAAGCCAAUGCCUCCACACCUUAAGGGCCUGAACUACAGCUAACAGCUCCCUGUCCCCGACGUCAUAAUUUCGCUCCGCCAGGCUGAGCUUUUUUGAGUAAAAAGCACAGGGGCGGAGUUUAGGUGGCGAGCCGGACCGUUGAGAGAGAACGACCCCUAUACCAGCCUCAGACGCGUCCACCUCAACCUGAAAGGGAAUUGUGGGAUCCGGAUGCGCCAGCACCGGAGCCGACGUAAACAGGUCCUUCAGUCUCCCAAAGGCCCUGUCCGCAUCAGCUGACCACUGCAGGCGCACCGGACCCCCCUUCAGAAGUGACGUGAUGGGAGCUGCCACCUGUCCAAAACCCCGGAUAAACCUCCGGUAGUAAUUCGCAAAGCCCAAGAACUGCUGCACCUCUUUUACAGUGGUUGGAGUUUGCCAAUUACGCACAGCGGACACACAAUCCACCUCCAUUCUCACCCCUGACGCGGACAACCGAUACCCCAAAAAGGAGACCGACUCCUGGAAAAACAGACAUUUCUCUGCCUUGACAUAUAGGUCAUGCUCCAACAGCCUCCUCAAUACACGUCACACCAGGGUUACAUGCUCGGCUCGGGUAGACGAGUACACCAGAAUAUCAUCAAUGUACACGACCACCCCUUGUCCCUGCAUAUCCCGGAAAAUGUCGUCUACGAAGGAUUGGAAGACUGAUGGAGCAUUCAUCAACCCAUAUGGCAUGACAAGAUACUCGAAAUGACCCGACGUGGUACUAAACGCUGUUUUCCAUUCAUCGCCCUCCCUAAUGCGCACCAAGUUAACGCGCUCCUGAGAUCCAAUUUUGUGAAAAACCGCGCUCCAUGCAAUGACUCCGUCAUGGUCGCAAUCAGAGGGAGUGGAUAACUGUAUUUCACAGUAAUCUGAUUGAGACCACGGUAAUCAAUGCACGGGCGCAACCCUCCAUCUUUCUUUUUCACAAAAAAGAAACUUGAAGAGGCGGGGGAAGUGGAAGGCCGAAUGUAUCCCUGUCUCAAAGAUUUGGUUAUGUACGUCUCCAUAGCUUUUCUCUCCUCUUGAGACAAAGGAUACACAUGGCUCCGUGGGAGCGCUGCUCCUGCCUGGAGAUCAAUCGCACAAUCCCCCUGUCUAUGGGGAGGCAACUGCGUCGCCCUAGUCUUGCUAAACACGAGAGCUAAAUCCCCAUAUUCAGGCGGAAUGUGCAGUGCGGGCACUUGGUUUGGACUUUCCACCGAAGUCGCCCCCACGGAAACACCCAGACAUCGCCCCUCACACUGAGCAGACCACCCAUCGAGAGCCCUCUGUUGCCACGAAAUAGCAGGGUUAUGGGUGCUUAACCAGGGAAUUCCCAGCACUACUGGGUACGCAGGAGAGUCGAUCAGAUACAGCUGUAUAGUCUCUUCAUGACCCCCCUGCGCACACAUCCUAAGUGGCGCUGUGACUUCCCUGAUCAACCCCGACCCCAACGGGCGGCUAUCUAAGGCAUGAACGGGAAAAGGUUUGUCAACAGGUAGGAGAGGGAUCCCUAACUCUAAACAAAACUUUCGAUCAACAAAAUUCCCAGCUGCGCCUGAAUCUACUAGCGCCUUAUGCUGGGAAUGAGGUGCGACCUGUGGAAAACCAACAGGUAUACAAAAGUGCGCAACAGAAAGCUCUGGGUAAGUGGGGCGUCUACUCACCUGGGAGGCCCCCCCAGUGUGUGGCCUGUUGUCUUCUCCCCCGGAGAACCCUCCCCAGCACCUGGCCGCAGUGUGCCCUCCACGACCGCACUUGGUGCAGGAGACAGGCCCCCUCGGGCUCUUCCUCCUCCGUUCUCUAGCGCCGGCACCCCCGAGCUCCAUAGGGCUCGGCUCGGAGAUGCCGGAGGGCGGAAUGGACGGACCCCCCUCGGGACGUCCACGGGUGGCCAGCAGGGUUUCUAAACGGAUGGACAUAUCGACCAACUGGUCGAAAGUCAGAUGGGUAUCCCUGCAGGCCAACUCCCGUUGAACGUCCUCCCGGAGGCUACACCGAAAAUGGUCGAUGAGAGCCCGUUCAUUCCACCCUGCAUCCGCCGCUAGAGUCCGGUACUCCAAAGCAAACGCCUGUGCGCUCCUCCUCCCCUGUCUUAAGUGGACUAGCCGCUCCCCCGCCGCUUUGCCCUCAGGUGGAUGGUCAAACACGGCCUUGAAGCGGCGGGAGAACUCGGCGUAGGAGAUGGUGUUGGCGUCCAUCUUCCUCCACUCAGCGUUAGCCCACUCCAACGCCUUAACGGUGAGACAGGAGAUGAGGGCGGAAAUGCUCUCGUGUCCCGAGGGCGCCGGGUGUACGGUGGCAAGGUAGAGUUCCACUUGUAACAGGAACCCCUGACACCCGGCAGCGGUGCCGUCGUAUGCCCUCGGGAGCGAGAGCCAAAUCCCACUGGGUUCCGGUAGUUGGACGUGCGGGCUGACCGAUGGUGAUGGUGCGGUAGGUGGGGGUGUGGGUACCCCGCUGGUCUCCCAUCUAUGGAGGGUGUUCAUCACUCGGUCCAGGUUUGGUUGAUACGAUCCUCCUGACCACGAAGGCGCUCCUCCAUGAUCUGAGUGGGUACGGGUGCUCCUGCUGAUUCCAUAAGGUGGUGUGUGAUUCUGUCACGGGUGCUGAAGGUGGGUGUGGUGAAUGAAUCAAGCGCAGGAGGCAGAGGUACAGUCCAAAAUACUUUAGUGCAAACAAGAGAAAAGCACAUAAUAGCCCGAAGGCGAAAAUCACGGCGCACACAGGCGUCAAAUAAACGGCGCACAAACAUGUGCAAACAAACCUCUCCAAAACACUAGAGGGAGGAACAAAGCUCCAACACGAAAACAGAAUGGGCAAUCACACACAAACACAGACACACACAACGAGAACUAAAUAGAACACUAACGAGGACUAACUAGACACAGGUGUACAACAUCAAGACAAAACCAAACGAACAUGAAACAUAGAUCGGUGGCAGCUAGUACUCCGGGGACGACGACUGCCGAAGCCUGCCCGAACCAGGAGGAGGAGCAGCCUCGGCCGAAACCGUGACAAUAGCACAAUUGGUUAGGUGUCCGUAAAACGGCAGCCAUCUCCUCCGGCGGCAUUCUUUACACUCAACACAUUUGGCACAAAGGUUGUGAUACAAUGGAGAGGCACUAGCAUUUUGGAGGCGCCACAAACUUUUUGUGUACAUUUGUUUAUGCAGAUAAACUCUCACUAAAAAUAUCUGUUAAUGGGGAUCCAUAAUAAAUACAAAUACAAAUGUGUGUCUAACUACCUCCGGAGUUGGGCAGGAUGAUCUAAUCACAAUGUGUAUUUUGAUUGUCUACACCUUUCAAAAAAUGUGGCCACAAUCAGAAUGUGGACAAGAUCAGGACAAAGGACGCAAGUUAGAACCAAGUAUAAAGAGGACUUUUGGAAACAAAGUGUGGUCAGUGAUGAACUGCUGGCUCCGUAUUAGACUUUGCCCCAUUUAGGUGUUGUGGUCUAAGUAAUGGAGGGCUGUCUUUCCAGAUCAGUUUUUACCACACUCAUUCACUGUGGUCAAGGUAAUGACAUGGUGCCUCGACAAACCUUUGCCCUAGAUAAGGUAUGUGCACGAUGCUAGGAUUCUAAGGUGCUAGGAUUCUAGCCCUACCUAAGGUUGGGCUCCUGAAUUAGUUUGUUUGAAUCUACAAUCUACAAGAAAAACUGACAGAAGUGCACAUUUUAAUUGGAAAAUACAGGAAGAGAGAAUGUUUUAGACAAAUGUAAAUCCUUUUCAAUUGAAUGGUUUGGGGUUAGUUUUGAUAUUUUCACCUAUUGCUUCCUGAUUGGGUCUCAUGUGGACAUACACUGCAUUCGGAAAGUAUUCAGACCCCUUCCCUUUUUCCACAUUUUGUUACAUUAAAGCCUUAUCCUAAAAUGGAUAAAAUUACUUUUUCAUUUGCAAAAAUUUAUAAAAACCUGUUUUUACUUUGUCAUUAUGGGGCAUUGUGUGUAGAUUGAUGAGGGGGGGAAACAAUUUAAUCCAUUUUAAAAUAAGGCUGUAACGUAACAAAAUGUGGAAAAAGUUAAGGGGUCUGAAUACUUUCCGAAUGCACUGUACAAAUGUAACAGAGGUCCAUUCAUGUGUCGCUAGCGCUCACUCUCUGGCGCGCUAUUUAAUCUGGGGAGCACGUUGCCCUCCCCAAAUCCUAACCUUACCUUCACAAUGAAACCAUGGAACUGACCAUUGAUCUGCGUUUAGGCCAGGGUAAUUUAACCCUAAUCCUAACUCCCUGGGGCUUCAGACAGUGUUAACCCUGUGUUUGGUUUUGGUUGUCCAGCUAUGCUUUUUGGUGUUCUGGACGCCUCACAUCUCGGAGAGGAUCCUAGUAGACAUCAUUGGUGUGGACAACGCCUUCGCAGAGCUCUGUGUCCCUCCACUGCUAAUCUUCUCCUUCUUCCCUGUUCCAGGUAAGAUCCAAGUAGGGAAUCAGUGGAAAUGGAAUGUUUGAAUUUAGCACAGCAGGGAAACGUCCUGCUUACAGAUGUAAAAAAAAAAAAAAAAAACUCAUUUAUAAGUGACAAUUUAUUUUACUAUGACAGUGACCAUCCGGGCUCACCUGACGGGCUGGCUCAUGACUUUGAAGAAGACCUUCGUCCUUGCUCCCAGCUCUGUCCUGCGCAUCAUCGUACUGAUCACCAGUCUCAUUGUACUCCCUUACAUGGGGUAA